AUCUUUUCGGCGAAAAGUUUUGGCCCAGAUUGUGACCUUCACACGGGAAACUACGAGAUUGCAAAGUUUACCGGCGAAUAUGGCAGGUCGAUUCGUAGGCGUUUUUCGCCAAAUUUCUACCGUGAAUCGUAGUUUAGCUCGAGUUUCAGGAGACCAUGGUCUGAAAAAUUUCUUCUCAACCACUGCGAGAAUGGAUUUCGGUAAAUACCUCACCUACACAGUGAAAGAUGGCAUUGCUGUUGCCAAAUUUGAUGAAAAGGAUGCAAAGGUAAAUUUACUUGUUAAAUUUGAUGAAAAGGAUGCAAAGGUGAACACACUGAACCGCGGCACUAUGGCAGAGUUCCAGGAGGUGUACAAGGAGAUUACAAACAACCCUAAUGUGAAAGGCAUGGUCGUCAUAUCUGGGAAAGCAGAUUGCUUCAUUGCUGGUGCUGACAUUAAUAUGAUCUCUGACUGCAAGAAUGUACAAGAGGCCACAGCAUUGUCCCGCAAUGGUCAGGACAUGUUCAACAACCUGGAGAACAUGAAGAUCCCUGUAGUAGCUGCCAUCAACGGCUCUUGUCUUGGAGGGGGACUCGAGACUGCCCUGGCGUGCCACUACCGUAUAGCAGUGAACAGCAAGAAGACCUCCAUGGGAGUGCCCGAGGUGAUGCUGGGACUGCUGCCAGGGGCCGGGGGCACACAGAGACUUCUCAAACUGCUACCAUUCCAAACUGCAAUGCCGAUGAUGUUGACGGGUAAAGCCUAUAAUGCCAAGAGUGGGAAGAAGAUUGGGCUAGUGGACCAUGUGGUGGAACCCAUAGGUGUUGGUAUCAAAAGUGCAAAUGAAAAUACCAUGGAAGAACUUGAGAGGGAAGCCAUUCUUACUGCAAAGGGACUAGCAGAUGGAACAAUCAAAAAGCCAGUUAGAAGCAAGAAAGGACUCAACAAGUACAUUGACAUGUUUGCCAGCUCGAGACUGGGCAACAUAUUCUGGGAGAAGGGAGUGAAAGAUGCAGUUAUGAAACAGACCAAGGGCAAGUACCCAGCCCCUCUAAGGAUCAUUGAGGUCGCCAAGACGGGGGCACAGCAAGGGCCCAGGGCAGGAUAUGAGGCAGAGGCCAAGGCCUUUGGAGAGUUAGCCAUGACCCCAGAAAGCAAGGCCCUGGUUGGGUUGUUCAAUGGCCAGACAGCCCUGAAGAAAAACAAGUUUGGCAAGCCAGAACGAGAGGUCAAGACUCUCGGUAUGCUGGGUGCUGGCCUGAUGGGGGCUGGUAUUGCCCAGGUCUCCAUAGACAAAGGCAUAGAUGUCAUCUUAAAGGACGUCACAACACAGGGUUUGUCUAGAGGUGAAGAUCAAAUUAUCAAAGGACUUGACACAAAGGUGCAGCGGAAAAAAAUUACAAGCUUUGAGAAAGACCAGGUAUUGACACAUCUGGAGCCAACCAUCAACUAUGAACACUUCAGUAAAUGUGAUAUAAUUGUUGAGGCUGUGUUUGAGGACCUCAAAUUAAAACACAAAGUUGUAAGAGAAGUGGAACAGAAAAUCCCAGAGCAUUGCAUCUUUGCAUCGAACACUUCUGCUCUUCCAAUCACCAGCAUAGCCGAGGCAUCCAUCAGACCAGACAAGUUCAUAGGCAUGCACUACUUCUCCCCGGUAGACAAGAUGCAACUUCUGGAGAUCAUCACCACAGACAAGACCUCCCAGGACACUGCAGCCUCUGCAGUGUCUGUGGGCCUGAAGCAGGGCAAGGUUGUGAUCGUUGUCAAGGAUGGACCAGGCUUCUACACAACCCGCAUCCUGGCCCCCACCCUCUCAGAGGCGGUCAGGGCUCUCCAGGAAGGUGUGUCCCCAUCCAAGCUGGACUCUCUGACCCGUGGCUUUGGCUGGCCUGUGGGGGUUGCAACGCUUGCUGAUGAGGUGGGUAUUGACGUGGCUGCACACGUUGCAGAGGAUCUUGGGAAGGCGUUCGGGGAACGCUUUGGUGGUGGAAAUAUCAACGUGUUGAGGGACAUGGUCACAGCUGGUUUCCUAGGUCGCAAGUCUGGCAAAGGGGUUUACCUUUACCAGUCCAAGUCAAAGAAGAGGCCAGAAAACACAGAGGCUAAAGCUAUUCUAGACAGAUACAAACUAGAUCCAAAACCAGGCAACACAGAUGAAGAUGUUCAAUACCGGCUGGCAUCAAGAUUUAUCAAUGAGGCAGUGAUGUGUCUGCAAGAGGGCAUCCUAGCCAACCCUAUGGAGGGUGACAUCGGUGCGGUGUUUGGUCUUGGUUUCCCGCCAUUCCUGGGUGGCCCCUUCCGCUACAUUGACCUGCACGGGGCCAAGCAGUUGGUGGACAGGAUGAAGAAGUACCAUGAUUGGUACGGUGUAGCCUUCGAGCCCUGCCAGCUCCUGCUGGACCACGCAAAGGACCCCAGCAAGAAGUUCCACACGCGAUAGUCACUGAAAAUCUUUGAUCUUUGGUGUAAAUGAACGGCUGUGUUCUGUUUCAAAUUGUUUGAGACACAUUUCUAACUAUUUAUCUUUGAGAGCUAUGGCGUGUUCAUUAUUUUGAACAUUUUUGUGCUGUUGUCUUUUAGAUCAACCAUUGCUGACUUAAAAUUAAACUACAUUUGUGUUCCUCUCAGAACAAACUGUUAAGACAUUAUUUAAUUGUUUUUGAAAAUUCAGUGACAUUAUUUUUAUGUUUUAAUAAUUGCUUUCUACCUCAAUGCAAUAUUAAAUAUUUUACUUCUUUUUGAAGAGUUCUCCUGUAUUCUAUAUACAGUUCAAAUAAUUAAAAAUUUGGUUUCAUUGUAAAAGCACUCUAAAACUUUCAUACACUUUUUCUUUUUAAAUUUUUGUUGGAUUAAGCUUAAAAUCAUUAUUUUUAUGAUUAAAAUGCCUAAUCAUCUUGUAUGUACUUGACACAGUCGUGGGUCAGUGUUGAUGUGUCCUUUAUUUGACUCUGUGAUCUUCAUGGGUCGCAUUUGUUCAUAGAUAAUGCGAUUGUGAGCUGAACUGUACCAAUAGGUGUACCAAAAUUUGUACAUAGAAAAUUUAAUAUAAAAAUGAAUAAACAUUUUAAAUGUGACAA